AUGGCAUUAGUACAGAGCUCCCCCAUGCUGCGGCUGUGCGGGCUAUGGGUCUCCCGUGACUUUGCUCCCCGAAGGUUUGUGCGUCAUGCUGCUUCAUCAACAAAUGAAGAGGCUGCUGCCAGAGCAGCGGCAGCGACUGCUGAUACUGGUGGACCAACCAUUUUUGACAAAAUCAUUGCAAAGGAAAUCCCUUCAAACAUUGUAUAUGAGGAUGAGAAAGUGUUGGCAUUUAGAGAUGUUCUCGUAAUCCCAAAACUGAGAGAUGGGCUAACGGGACUUGACAAUAUGAAAUCUGCUGAACCAAGACAUGCUGACAUUCUGGGGCAGCUUCUAUACGCGGCAAAAGUAGUGGCUGAGAAGGAAGGCGUGGCAGAUGGAUACCGAGUGGUCAUAUACAAUGGAGGAGAAGGAUGUAAAUCAGUCUACCAUCUGCACGUGCAUGUACUUGGCGGAAGGCAGAUGAAAUGGCCUCCUGGUUAACUUUAGGAACAUUUGAACAAUGUACUUUUUUUCUGCUCCUGUGUGACCGAUCAUAGACUACUCGUGUAUUGAGUUACUUCAAUGUAGUUUGAGUGUUUGGCCAAAGUGGAUGUACUAUCUGGCAUCUGCACUUGUGGUGCCCCU